ACCAUGUACCCAUCAGAGCAGGGUUGUUUAGCUGGCAUCUUCAUGAACACACACACCCACGUUGUUUGACCUCUUUACAUAGUUUUCUCCGUCUUUCUUUGAGACAAAAACAGGUGUUUCUUUCUUGUUCUUUCACUAACACUUUAACCCACCAGCCCACCACAUCCUCCUCCUCCUCUCUCCGGGUUUUUUUAAUCAAUUAAUUACAUCUCUCCUAUGUCUAUGAAUUCUCCUCAUUUCUAUCCAUCCAAAGACACAAACUUUACCUUUAUUUGUCUCUCCAAUGGCUGUCCCAUCACCACCUUUCUCUCUUUCAAAACACUCCUUAUCCAAUUCCCCUUCAUUUCAUGCUUCCAACCCUUCAUUGGAUCCCUCUAAAGCUUCAGUCUUGGGAACCCAAAAUGUCUUUGGUUCUAAGGCUAAUUUAGGAGGAGUUGAGCAGACCCAUUUGAGAUUGUGGAAUAAUUUGAAGACAAAUUCAGAUUUGAGAUUACAGGCUUCCAGGGAGCCUCCUGGACUGACUAAGGAACUUAAAAGUGACAAAUCUGAGCGCAUGGAAAGAAUCGAACAUGGUUCUGAUUUAUUUGAUGAGAUGAAACAACGGUUCCUGAGCUUCAAAAAGCAUAAAUACAUGCAAAACUUGGAACUCUACGAAAAGCUUGCCAAAGGUCAAGCACCAAAGUUUAUGGUGAUUGCUUGUGCAGACUCAAGGGUUUGCCCUUCGUCCAUCUUAGGAUUCCAGCCUGGUGAAGCUUUUGUCAUUCGUAAUGUUGCAAACAUGGUGCCACCCUAUGAGAAUGGACCAUCUGAAACAAAUGCAGGCUUAGAGUUUGCUGUAAAUUCUCUGAAAGUUGAAAACAUUUUAGUAAUUGGUCACAGUCAAUGCGGAGGCAUUCGCGCUCUAAUGAGUAUGCAUGAUGACGUAGAAACAAGUAGCCUCAUUGGAAGUUGGGUUUCUGUGGGGAUGAAUGCAAGAGUAAGAACUAAGGCAGCCACGAAACUUCUGAACUUUGACCAGCAGUGCAAACAUUGUGAAAAGGAAUCAGUCAACUGUUCAUUGGCAAACCUCCUCACUUAUCCAUGGGUGGAAGAAAAAGUGAGGAAUGGGGAACUUGCUAUUCACGGUGGCUAUUAUGACUUCGUCGACUGUGCAUUUGAGAAAUGGACUCUGGAUUACAAGGAAAGCAGUCUGAAGGACAAAGGUGGGAGAGUUGCAGUAAAAGACCGAGCAUUUUGGUUCUGAAUUUUGCUGCUACUGAUUUAUCUAUAUGUUGUUGUUGUUGUUUAGUCUUCUUAGUGCUUUGUUUAUAUGCUGUGAAGACAGACAGACAGACAGAAAAAUAAUGUUAUUCCUCGAAUUCCAGGGAACAACUACUAUGUUAUAUGUGUGGUUGUAUUAUAAUCCAAUUUGAUGUCAUAAUUUGUAAUGUGCUGUUGUAUAACUCUAACCUUCGUAGUUCAUAAUGCAGAAAUGCUUCCAAA